AUGUCUUGGAUCAGCCAGAAGUCUGAGCUUGACAAACAUGAUAGAGAAUUACUGAGGUUCUCCGAAGCUAAAAAUGAAGUAUUCAGAAUUCGAAAGCAUGAGGAGGACAGAGAGGGCUGUCUUCAUGCUGGUGAAGAACAUUGCAUCGAGGAAUUGCACCUGAGAUAUGAGGAUGAAUGGGGACUAUGGAUCCAUAGGUUUGAAGGUCCAUCAGUUACACACUCAUAUCCAGCAGCUGAAGAUGAUGGCCCAGCAGAACAAAGGGCAGAGGUAUCUAGUGGUAUAAAUUUGAUAAUGGGUGGAAAGACAUCAUCUCUGUCCAGAAUGCCCUUUUCGGAAAAUACCUUCUCAGAACUGAUGAGAAAAUUGAAGAUACACAGGUCGAUUGUACGUGCAAUCAAUAGAAACACGAGCUGCACAUUUUCAAGAAUUAUACUACCCUUGGAUGAUAAAAUAUCGUGCCCCAGAUCAAUAGUCUAUACUUGUAGAACCGCGGAAAGCUGGGAAGAUGACAUGGCUUUGUCUGUGACAUUCUUUCCAGAUACGUUGACUACGAACGCUAUCUGGUUCGGUUGCAAUUUUGAAGAACGAUCUAUUAAUGGCUAUAAUCUGACAGAUUCUGUGAUCAUUACGAGCAGACUGCGCGAAUUCGAUGGGGAGGUGUUUCAUCCUAUGAUGCUGCCUACCAUAUUUGCGGAAUUUGAGAGGGACAGGCAUAUUAACCUCGUCCGCAAGAGCAAUACUCAGUUUGUACAAAAAAUGAUCGAUAUUGAAUCGCGAAAUGAUACAUACUAUGGAAUACAACAGAUCCAAAGAGAAAUCCGGCGGUCAAUGGAGAAGCAGUCUCCACCACCGUCAAGAACUAGCUCGUUCUUUAAUGGCAUGAAAGGCAGAGUUGGAAGUUUUCUUUCCGGAAAAACCAUUUCCACAUCAUCGACAUUCAAUAGCUCAGUGGGAACGGAAACAUUGCGACCUGAGAGCAAUGAAGAGGAUGAAGAGGAUGAUGAAACUUGUGCAAUGCUCUGGAUCAAGAUUAGCCAUCUGAAAAAUGGUCUGGAAAACUGGAAAACACAGCUACGCAAGAUGUUUGAUCACACACAAGAGCUUGAGGAUAUAGACUUUGGUAUGAGUCGUAAUACUCCAACCGAAGUCUGGACUAGUAGAAGAGACGGAUUGAAAGAGUGUGGUGGCCGAAUCAGAGAAAGACUCCGUGAUUUGAUUGAUGAAUACGACGAUUUUAUAAGAGAAUGCGAUCACAUUAUGGAAGGAAUGUCGCUUGCAACGCAACUGGAUCUCAAUCAUAUCGGUCGGAAAGACGCAAGGCUCAAUGAAAAUAUAUCUAGGAGCAGUCUGGCAGUGGCGGAAACUGCUCAGCGAGACGGAAGUUUGAUGAAAUCCAUUGCCAUUCUCGGAAUGAUUUAUCUGCCAGCAACAUUUGUUUGUACAUUCUUCUCUAUGGGAUUCUUCCAAUGGAGAGGACAGGGUGACGGUACAACGACGGUGUCGCCGGAUCUCUGGGUCUUUGGGCUUUCCGCAGCUGCUUUUACACUGCUGACGGUAGGCGUAUUUCUAGCUUGCACGAUGAGGGGGAAUAGGAUGCGGGCUAAAUUGCAUAUUGUUUGA